AUGUUUCGGGUACUCCUCUUGCUUAUGUUAGCAAAUGGAGUUGCGGCAAAUUAUCAUCGUGAACAACUAUCAGGGUUUGAUGUGAUUUUUCACAUGUUUAUCGUAUUAAUAGGAAUGGUAUGCUUUCUUCACCCACCGGUCGCUUUCAUUGGAAUUGGAUGCACUCUCAAUUCGCUGGUUCGGACAUAUUGUAGCUGUGCCAAAUUGAAAUUUGUGCAUUCCGCUUUCCUUCAACGAACUGCUCACAAGUCAGCCGCCUGGUCAAUCCCAAUUGUCCUCCUGAUGUAUCUGAUCAUCCUCAAUGAAGUUUACAUUCUUCCUCCAUGGCUCGCUCAUCAGCAUAUCUACAUUCCAUUGCUCUUCGUUUCAACUUUCAUUUGGCUUUCCAUCGUUUAUCACAAUCGCAGUAUGUUCUGCUGGAAAGAAUCGUAUUUUUUCAUCGAGGACGACCAAGCUAUGCGGCUUAUCAAUCAGGAAAUUACAUCGCCAGAUACCCACGUCUUUCGAAUUUCCGAUACACUAAACAAAUAUCUCUACUUCACGAAUCAUUAUUUCGUCUACAUUAGCAAUUGGGGAGUUCGAUUUUGUAGACGUGACGACAUGAGAAUAACUGUUAACGCUGUUGUUGAGCCAUUGAUUCGUAGCAGCGAUCGUAUUAAUGAAGUCCCUCAGAUUAUUCGCUUGAAAAUUGAUUUUGUUCAGGAAUACCUUGAUACUCUGAUUGUCCCGGUGAGCAGCAUAUACUUUCGGGAUAUGCGCGACCACGCUCGCAUCAAUAUCGAUAUUCCUGAGAAUAUUCAUCUUGCAAAGAGCGCUGUUGAGCAGUUUAUAGUUCUUUUCCGGCGAUUAGUAGCUGAAAAUGAGAUUACGCCAUAUGAAGGAGAGAUUGUUGAAUGCUUUGGGUGCUCGAUUAACAAUGCGAAUGUUCGUCUCGUUAAAAGUUGUCAUUUGGAAGGACGUGAGAGAGCUGAAGGAACUCCGGAUUGUGGUGAUUGUCAAUGCCGUCCGAUGUGGUGCUGCUCGUGCAUGGCUCGUAUUUUCCUUUCGAAGCAAGACACUGAAGACGUAACCAGUUGGGUUAAUGGCGUUUCCAACUGUCCGACGUGUAGGGCUCACUUCUGUAUCUCCGACGUGCAUAUGCUCGAGUGA